AUGGAGGACAAGACGCUCACUCCAGACUUUGUCGCGGACGUCGUCCGAGCCAUGCAGAAGUGGGACAUCCAGAAGUGCGCGGUGGUGGUCGUGCCGAUGGAGAUGGGGAUGGGUCCGCCAGCUGGGCGGUUCUUUGGUGGACGAGAUGCAGACCAGGUCACGAGGAGGACUGCCUUCCCCCUCGCUUCCGGCGCCAAGCACAUCACCGCCCUCGCCCUGCAUCUCGCCCUCACCCGCCUCGGUCUCUCUUUCAAAACCAAGGUGGUCGAUAUACUGCCCGAGUUUGGUCUGCAGGAUGGCAAGGAGGGCAAGGAGGUGACGGUGGAGGAUCUGCUGUGUCAUCGAACGGGACUGCCUGGGUGGGAUGGGAUGUACAAACCGGGACUGAGCGAGGACUUUCUCAACAAGAUCAAGCACCCACCUAUCCCCCCUCUUCCCCCAUCCGGCAUCCGCCCCUUUCAGUACAACUCUCUCAUGUUCGACGUCGCCGCGCGUAUCGUCCAGCGCCUCACCGACAAGCGCAUCGACGAGUUUGUCCGGGAGGAGUUCUUUGACCCGCUUCAGCUCAAGGCGAGCUACCAUGCAGACAGGAUCGAGGAGAAGGCGGAUGGAAGCUGGACGAGGAUCGGGAUGGGGAAGGCAAAGGUGACUGAGUUCCCGGUGGACAGGGAGGUUGAGAUCAGUGUCGAGGUGAAGGAGAGCGGGGCGGAUAUCGUGGAGAAGGGCGUGGAGGUGGACUACGGGAUCGAGAAGUGCGGAGAGGCGUGGGGAGCUGGGCGGGUGUGGAUGAAUAGUGACGAUCUGAUCCGAUGGCUAGUCUGCGCUCCCAAGAUGCCUGGCUUUGACAAUGUCGCUACUCCUCGCUCGACCGAUCCCGAUGAUGGGCUGUUCUUUCCGGAUGAAGCGCAGGGGUACGGACUGGGACUGAGGGUGUUCAAACAUCGCGGUGUCGAUGGAUACGCCCACCAGAUCGCCUGGCUCCCGAAGCUGAAGGCCGGCUUUGCGGUGCUCUCAAACAGUGAUGUGGGAGGGACCUUUCUGCGGUCUCUGGUGGCGUGCAGGCUGAUCGAGGCGGCUGCGGAUCUGGAGAAGAAGGAUUGGUUUGACAUCGUCGACGCCCGAUACACCGCCUACAUCUCCCCACAGCCAUGGAUGGAUCCUAUCUCCGGAUCGUCCCUCUCAAACGGCAACAUCUCCCCCAUCGCCGGCAAGUGGGCCCACCCCGCCUAUGGUACCUGGAUGAUCUGGGCCACCGACCUCGUCUCUGUCCGGCCGGCUCUGGGGACGUUACCCUACUUCCCCGAACUCUCUGGACCAUGCAAGCGGAUCUUUACUCCAGUCGCUACAGUCGACGGGCAAGACGGGGAGGCGCGGUAUGCGGGCUGUUACGAGUGCAAGCUGGGAGGCAAGGUGUACUACGGGAUGCCGUUUGAGGUGGUGAUCAGGAACGAAGGCGGGUUGAUGGAGGUGAGAGGAAUGAGCGGAGCGGAGGGUGAGGGUCAAGAUGAGCUGUGCCCGCUGGUGUUCGUGCGGCAAUAG